AUGGUGGCUGAUAUCAGACGUACUGGCAGCGCUGUGGGCGCCACAGCGCCGUGCGGACGACGGAGCAAGGCCCUGUCUGCCCUGAGGCGCCUGCACCACCACGAGCAGCUGGCGGCGCCCGCAGUCGGCCGCCUAGCCAACGCCUUUGGCCUGCCGCUGCUGGAGCCCCUCUGGCGGCUGCUGCAGUCCGCCUGGGCCACCGCAGGCGCCCAAGGAGGCGCCGACGCGCCGCUUCAGCCACCGCCCAAGACCCUGGCGCAGCUGGGGGCGCUGCUGUCGGCAGCUGUUGGCGGCUGCUGUGCUACCAGUGCAGUCGGCGACGAUUGCGUUGGCCCUGAGUGCCCUUGGGGCAACACAGCCGAACCAGAAACACACAACCAGCGGCGGGAGCACCGACAGGCCCAGGGCAGUUUGGGCCAGCAGCAGCAGCAGCAGCAGCAGCAGCCGCGGCGGCGGCAAGAGGAGUCCCUGGCCCGCCUGGGGGUGACACUGGAGGUGCUGACUGGCGGCCUGAUGGCGCAGCUGCACCGCGACUGCCUCGCUGCCCGUAUCCCUUUACAAACGCUGCGCCCUGCCCUGACGCUGCUGCAGCGGCGGCAGAAAACGCUGCUGCGCCGCCUGCCAGAGCUGGCCGCCCCACAGCCGCCUGGCGGCCUGGGCGUGCGGUGCCCACCCGGCACGCCGCUGGCUGACGCCAUCGGUGGCUGGCUGCAGGCGCUGUGGGCAGCUAGGCCGCGCCUGCUGGCUCUCGGCCUCGCCCAGCAGGUGGGGCAGCAUGCGGCGGCCGCGCGGCCCGGACAGCGCGGCGCCGCCGAGCGCUGCACAGGCGCGCGCUCGGCCGGCUCCCAGCUUGACCUGCCCGCAAGCGCAGCCGCCGACCUGCGGCGUGCGGAGGCGGCGGCUGCGCAGCUGCUGGAGCUGAAUGGCGGAGACGGCAGCGCUGUGCUCGACAUCCCUGGGUCUGCGGGCAAGGCGAGCGUCACCCUUGAGGGCGCGCUGGCUGAUGCCAGGGCGGCGGCGCGUGACGCAGCGCGGCCGCCGGGCACGCGCGGCCGGCGCGGCGGCGGCGAGCAGGGCGUGCUCGGCGAGGACGCGCCGUUUGUGCGGCUGAUGAUCGCGAUAGUGCGGCUCGAGGGCGCCUGCACGGCCGAGGAGCAGCGGCUCGCCCGCGCGCGCGCGGCGCGUGGGGAGCGCUCCUGCAGCGAGCGCCCUGUGGGCAGCCGUGAGGGGUGCGCGCGGCCGGGAGGUCCCUACGCGUGGGGGGCCCUGCGGCAGCCGGCGGGGAUGGCCGGCGCCGACGCUUACAGAAGGAGCGUAGCUGAACAGGGGACUGGCAGUGAUGACGAUCAUGCUGACGAGGGCGGGCUCAAUGAGAUCCAGCUGCCAGGGCAGGGCUGCGAGGACGAGCAGCAGCAGGCGCAGACCGGGCAGGGGGAGGAGGCAGGAGAGGGGCAGCUGUGUGGGGACGCCGCUUUGCGGCUGCUUGUUGCCACGUUGAUCGCGCUGAGCGACGUGCUGACGCUCGGCGCGCCUGAGGGCGACGUGGCGCUCGAGUUCCUGGAGGGCCGGCUGCGGCGCGCCGGCCUGACCGGCGUUCAGCUGGCGGUGGUUGUGCAGGUGGUGCUGGGCGGCGACAGCGCGUUGGCGGAGGAGCUGCCACCGGACGCACGGAAACGCGCAGUGCAGGCUGUCCUUGACCUCGCGACCAGCGGGCUGCUCGCUAUUGAGGACGCCCCUCCUGCCGAUGGCGAGGGCGCCACGGCGCCGCCAAUGGCGCGGCGGCGGGACCAAGGCGCGCCUCGCUGCAGCGCCGAAGGCUCGACCGGCGGCCGCACCUGCGACGUCGGCGCGCUCGCGGCGACCGCGACGGGGCGGCGCGCAGACUGGGAGGCGCCGCUGCGCUGCGCGGCCGCAGAGCUGCGAGAGGCGCUGGAGCGGGACGCGGCAAAGUGGAUGCGUGUGGGAGAGGCCGUCCUGGAGGCGCUGUCUGACCUGGCGGUGUUCACGACAGAGCUCUACGCUGCAACCCUCGACAGCCUACUGAGGCUGCUGCGCACGGCGGCCAGUGCGCCGCAGCUGGCGGGCGUGUGUGACAUCAUACUCCAGGCGGACGCGUUUUCCUAG